AUGUCCGUCCAUACCGAUCGACGAGAGCAUCCGCGGGUUCUCCCCGCGGCAACAGAGCCCGACCUGGACCCCAACUUCGAUCCAGAUCCCAACUCCCACUACAUUCUCGCCGCCAACGAUCACCCCACCCCGCCGAACGUUCAGAUACCCUCUAAUCCAGAUCUAUUGCCCUCUGUCGCCGCUUCUCGCCCCUCCUCGGCCUCCCCUGACGAACUCCAUCCCUCGCCCCUGCACUCCCCCGCCGUUGCCCAGCAUUCCUCGAUUGCCACCGGAACGAUAGCAUCUAAUACGGCGCCUCGUCAGGUCUUGGGCCGUAGACAACGAGCCACUUCCGACUCGGAUCGGGGAAGCCCUCCUACUACGUCUGCCGGCGCCAGUCGAUCCGCCUCCCACCGCGUCAAACGCAGAAGAGGCGACGCCAACAUGAUCUCAGACGGAGAUGGACUGGCUUCCAACGGCGCUCCGAGGGCUUACUCCAACGGCGCAUCCUCUGAUGCCCAGCUGACUGCCUCUGCUACAAAUGGAACUCGCAAGGCCGCUGCCAUGAACGGCUCCUCCCGCUCCGACAAGGAAACACCGUCACGACCGCCGACGACAUAUUACGGGCAUGAUCGCGAGGAGGUGACGCGCAUUCUGAUUCAGGCCCUUUCCGACAUGGGUUAUCAUGGUGCUGCGGAGAGCGUCAGCAAGGACAGCGGCUACGAGCUCGAGAGUCCAACGGUCGCCGCCUUCCGGAAUGCGGUCGUCAACGGCGAGUGGGGUCAAGCCGAGGAGCUUCUCUUCGGAGCCGUCAUGUCCGAUGACCGAGGCCAACAAGGGAACGGCUUAGUCCUGGCCCCCGGCUCAGACAGGAACGUCAUGCGAUUCUGGUUGCGCCAACAGAAGUUUUUAGAGCUCCUGGAACAGCGUGAUACGAGUAAAGCCCUCAUGGUACUACGAACAGAGCUCACGCCGCUUUAUCAAGACACCCAGAAGCUCCAUUUCCUGUCUAGUCUACUCAUGUGCCAGUCCACGGAGGAUUUGAAGGCCAAGGCAGAAUGGGAUGGUGCUCACGGUCAGUCCAGAAAGGUGCUGCUGUCGGAGUUGUCGACCCUGGAGUUGACAGAUCUGAAUGGGGAGGUAUGGCAAGUACAAUUCUCACACGACGGCAAACGUCUGGCAGCCUGUGGUAGCGGCGAGGCAGUUGUCAUUUGGGAUCUCCCUUCAUUCUCAGUUUCACAAGUUCUUCGCCCACACGCUCAUGGUGUUGGCAAUUUCUCAUGGAGCCCCGACGACUCGAUGCUUGUAACGUGCUCACAGGACAAGUAUGCACGGCUGUGGGACACAUCGACUGGGGAAUUGAGGCUUAAACUGGAGCGCUUCGAGGAGCCAGCCAGCGGUUGUGUAUGGGCCGCUGACAGCAAGAGUUUUGUGACCGGAGCCCUGGAUAAGCAACACGGCCUGCGCACUUGGAGCACCUCAGGGGAAAUGCUGUACGAAUGGGGCAAGAAGCACCGGGUUCAGGACUUGUGCGGCUCGCCCGAUGGUCACUGGCUGGUCGCGGUGGACGACGUGCAGAAGAUACACGUCUAUAAUCCCACCACACGCGAAUUGGAGUAUGAAAUGGAGCUGAAGGCUCGGCCAACUUGCGUCAGCAUCAGCGAAGACUCCCGGCAUCUUCUUGUCAACAAAAAAGACGGCGAGGUGCAACUGAUAGACUUGGCAACUCGAACCUCUGUACAAAAGUUUCUCGGACAUACGGGGGGCGACUUCCUCAUCAGGAGUGCUUUUGGUGGCGCCAACGAAAGUUUCGUCGUUAGCGGCAGCGAGGGUAAGUCGGAGUCGCACAGAACUGCAUCGUUACAAGCUAAUCUAGAAGCAGAUGGGAACAUCCUCAUCUGGCACAAGAAUAGCGGCGCUGCCGUUGAAAGGCUUGAAGGUCAUCAGCCCCGGACUAAUGCCGUCAGCUGGAAUCCAGCAGACCCUUGUAUGCUGGCGUCGUGCGGCGACGACGGAAAAGUCAAAGUGUACGUUGGCAACACCACGACGAGUCGUGCAUCUCUGCUGACAAUCAACAGGUGGUCGAAUAAGAACCAAAGUACAACUCUCAGAUCAUUACAUAGUGCAGCCUCGAGAGGCUCGAAUGGAUGGAGAGAAGACGAUCGAGCUGAGGAGUAG